UGUCGUUGGAUGCGCUUCGCUAAAAUAAGCCUGCUGACUACAACUUCAUAGCUCCAAAGCACUCAGCAUUUACGUAUUUCUUGUGUGAGUGAGAACUGCUGAGAUUGUAUCGUUAUAUGUGUGUAUGUAUUUGUGUGUUUAGUGCUGGUGUCUAUCGCGUAACGAAAGCGAAAGUUUUGUUUGCGCGCGUGUCGCCAACAGUAGCGUCGUUCGAGUCGACUGUCUCCAAUCAUUGCACACAUCUCGCUUCGCAGUCGUCGUCGCAGUCAGCGCCGCAUUUAUCGUUGUUGUUUUUGUUGUUGUUGUCGGUGAGACUACCCAUAAAGGAAUAGAUUAAAAGCGUGUGAAAACAACAAGAAUGCUCAUUAGUUUCAAUGAGCGUGCAAUAAAUAAAAUAAAACGUGUUUAUGCUGUGUCGCCCUCUCCCUGUCUUUAGAGUGUUUGUUAGAGUGUGCCCAGCAACAAAGCAGCAGCAGACAACAGCUGUUAAGCAACAGCAACUGUAAACGCAAACAUUCCUGCUACAUUUACUGCUCAACGCUUUCCAACACACCAACGGUUCCAAUGGCGCCCACCAUCUGCUCCUCCGAGAAAAAGGUGCGCGUGGCUGAAUUGAGGAAGGGGCGACGGCUUCGCAAAAUGGGCGUGGCACUUGCCAAUGCAACAACCGCUGCGUCAGCAGCAGCGGCUGGAGUCGCCCAAAAUAGCGCGGUAUUGAGAUAUGUUGCCAAUGGUUCGAUGAACUCAACAGGUCGUCGGAAACGCCGCCGUGGUGUCAGAAUGCCAUCUAGACUGCCACAAAAGGCAAGACGCGUAGCAUCGGGCUCGACUUCAGCUGCAAAUGGUCAUGUUAGAGAGUUAAAAUCAGAGCAGACGAAGCAUUUGAAGCGCAUGGAGUUCGAUUACAAUAAGACGAGCAGGCAGUUAGUGUGUCCACAUUCCAGCAGCAGCAACAACAACAAACAAUUUAUCAUCAAAACAGUAUUACAACCCACAACGGCCAACAACAAUUGCAGCAACAGCAACUGCAGUGGCUGUGGAUACAACAAGACAACAGCCAAAUUUUGUGAUCAUAGCUCUGGCAUGGAUGAGGAUGACGAUGAUGAUGAUGAGGAGAAGGACCGGAGCUAUGUGUUCGUUCGCGAGCCAAUCAAGCAGCCGCAGAUGCAGCAGCAACAGCAACUGCCAAAAUAUCAUACACAUGUUGAUGGACUGCUCUCCAUAGCCAUUAAAACUAUCAAUCUGGUGCAGCGCAACGAGAUGCUGCAGAACCGCUUGGCCCAGCUGCAGUUGGAGACGUCUAAGUUCAUUGCCUCGGUGCUGGCCAAUCCCGAGAAUCGGCAUUUUCGUGAGAGAAUCACGGCCAACACAAAGGCGGCAAAUAUAGAGAGCAACGUUUUGCGUUACUGAGCGACAAACAAUGCAGAAAACUGCUGCAUACUUUUCGGCGGCAUUAAGAAAAUGCCGCAUUCCGAUGUGUCACAGCCAUCAAUUCGACCCAAUAGAUUUUUUAAAUCAUUGUUGGAUCUGUAGAAUGAAUGCGCCAAAAAUAUCGUAAUGUCUAUUUGUUUUAACCACAUAAAUUUAAAUUAGUUUUGUUUCCAAUUAGAUUUUUUUAAAUUGAAAUUGAUGGCUGUGACAUACGGAAUUGAGUUAAGAGCAACUCGUACUGAUUACAUUUAUAACUUAACAAAAUGUUAGUUAAAUAUUUGAUUGUACACAAUCAAACAGCAAAGGAAAUAUUAUUACUAACAAAAAAUAAAUAAAUCAAAAGUCAAGAAUGAAACAUUUUUGUGUAGCCACUAAGUAUGCUUAUUGUCAACAUUUUGUACAUCAAACAAUUUAUUUAUGACGACAUAUUUAAAAAAAAAGCUUUUAGUAAAACCUAGUGCUAUAGGUUUGUACAAAACAUAUUUGCUAACCAAUUUUAGAACUACGGCGCUUUUGGCUAUAUACAGAAAAAGGUUGCACUGAGCUAUAAUUUAAAUUGCAAUGCAAAACAAUUGGUUUAUUAAACCAAGCCGAGCAAACAACUAUACGUAAUUAAAUGAUCUUCAGAACCCAUUAUCAACAAACUAUAUAUCAUACAUUUAAAAUAGAAAAAUAAAACAACUUGAAGCGUAAUUUAUUCGAAUUGUGUAACCAAAAUUCAUACCCAUCUAUUUUAAGACUAUAAUAUUUAAUUUACAUUUUUGACUUACCUUAAUAUUAAACUUAUAAUUAAAUUGCAAAUAGACAACAAACUUGA